AGGUCUCUGAUGAUCUGGACCCCGCCUUACAUGUUGAGAGCACUACGAUCAUACAGUAGGAGAAGAGUAUACCUCUCUGUGUAUUUUGAAUAGGAACCAUGCACCAAAGCCUUGUGCUAGAAAUUUACACUUCUGUAAUAGUCGCAGCAUUUGCUCAGACAUCUGGUGUUAAUAGUCUCCUGACGACAGCUUCUCAGAAAGGUGAUGUCACUCAUUCUGGUACACAGGGUCAGCUUAGAUGGAGAAGGUCUGGAUGUCAAAAUUCUUUACCCCAAGUCAGAGACUCGGCAUGAAAGAAGUACUUUUUGCCUUCCUAACUCCCUUCCUCUACCUUAAACAGACCCAGGUGAAGGAUUGCAGCAGCAUCCAGUCAUCCCUUGGGACAAGAGAACUCUGUACACUUCUGCAGGCUGACCCUGGACUGAGAUUAGCACUUGGGCUGUCAGCAAGCCGGGAGAGUCUUGUCUCCUGUUGCAGGUUGAGCCUGACCCUCCACACCAAAGUCUGUCCUGCAGGCUAUCCGGGCGACCCUGAAUGAAGAUCAGAACCAAGAGUCCUUGCCCCAGUCGAUGUGGUUGGAACCACGACUGUGGGACUGAGUUUCCAAGGCUACUUUCUGCCAAGUGCAAAGAUGGGAGACCAACAGAGGAGACUCAGGUGACUUCUAGGCACAGGCAGGACCAGGAGACCUGCCUCCUGCGGGCCUUCGUGCUCCUGGAGCCUGAGUGCUCUCCCGGGACGCCCUGGUUAGGCAGAAGCAGCCAGCAGCCCGGCUUCGAGGGUUACCUUGCGCUUGGUGGGGCUGCCUGGGAGAAAGGCAGAGACAGUCUCGGGAACCUGGUUACUGUCGGAGAAGGGGCAUUUGCUCAUGAAAUGUGGAACUGGUAAGAGAGCCAGUUCCCAACAUCAUCUCAUGCUGUCCCCGGAGCCCUUAGACCCUGAAUUUGGAACCCAGACUAGGACGGUGCACCAGCUUCCCCGUGGACAAAGCGCUCUGGGUUCAGGCUUACAGCAGCGGCACUGACACAGGUCCAAGCCACCCUCCCGCUGCACCGCUACCAGAGCCCCCAGCAGCCCGCUUCCCGCAGCCGCUGGGCUCUGACCCCCUCGCGCCCCCGCGCGUCCAUCUCAGUUCCCAGCGCGGUGCAAGUGAUGUAAGGCGGCCAGGCUCGCGCGCUUUCCUACUGCCUGGACGGAGUCCUCCCUCCCCGCUGGCAGCGCUGCGCGCCCACUCCGAUCUACUGCGCCCAGUCUCAGCUUCCAGAGCUUUGGCGACCUACUCGCAGCCGCUGGGGAAGACCCUCCUCCCGUAUCCUGCCUCCCUCCUCCCCGCCCCGUCCCCCUCCUGUGCAGUGUCGGUGGGAAAAACCAGGCUUGGCUCUCAGAAUCAAAGGAGAGAACCGCGGGACAGCCCAUACGAAGCUUUCGGCGGCAAGAGCCUUCAGAAAAAGAGAAGGGGUACUCCCUCGCUACCAGAAAGCCCCAACCUGGAUGGAGUGAAAGAUGCGGCCUGAUGACAUAAAUCCGAGGACUGGGCUGGUGGUGGCCCUGGUCAGUGUUUUUCUGGUCUUUGGUUUCAUGUUCACUGUCUCUGGCAUGAAGGGGGAAACUCUGGGGAACAUCCCUCUGUUGGCCAUCGGGCCAGCCAUCUGCCUACCAGGCAUUGCAGCCAUUGCUCUGGCCAGGAAAACCGAAGGCUGCACCAAGUGGCCAGAGAACGAGCUACUAUGGGUCCGCAAGUUGCCCUGCUUCAGGAAGCCCAAGGACAAGGAGGUGGUGGAACUCCUGAGGACCCCAUCAGACCUGGAGUCAGGCAAGGGGAGCUCGGAUGAACUGGCUAAGAAGGCAGGCCUCAGAGGCAAGCAGCUCCCACAGGGACCAGGCGAGGUGCCUAUGGCAAGCUCCAUUACUACCCCCACUCCCACAGAGGAAGGAGAAUGCCAGAGCCUAGUCCAGAGUGGGCGGCAGGAGGAGACAUCCAGAUAUCUGGAUGGCUACUGCCCCUCGGCCAGCUCCCUCGCCUACAGUGCCUUGGAUGCUAAGUGCUCAGCCUGGGACAGAUCUGACCGCCCUGAGCCCGAGGACAGCAUCUUCUUUGUGCCCCAGGACAGUAUCAUCGUUUGCUCCUACAAGCAAAACAGUCCCUAUGACAGAUACUGUUGCUACAUUAACCAGAGCCAAGGCAGGUGGGACCACGAGACAAUAGUCUGACCUGUUCAUACAAGGGUCCCAUGUUGACAGACACGUUGCUAUACUCAGCUCCCAAGAAAAGAGAAUCUCUGCUCCAACAGCCUUCCCACUGUUAGAAACUGGCAUGGUAUGUGAUGGGGGUGCAGACCUCUAGUGCCUGACAUUCAUGUAAAUAGGCAUGUUGGAGGCAUAGUUUAGGAAAGUGAGGAGAAUUAAGGACAGUGGGAAGAGGCAGUAAACAGGAAAGAAAGUUCCAUUUGCUUCUGAACAAAUUAAACAAUGUUGAAUGCUUUGUAAAACGGCCCAAAAAGCGCUGGCCGUCAGGUGAGUCUACAGAGCCUCAGCUGCCAGGUAUCAAAAGAUGCAGGGGCUAUUCACACAGAAACUGGCUGCUUUCUGUUUAAAGAACAUGAAGGAAAACUGUAUGUCCCUUUAUAUGUUUUUUCUUUUUCUUUUUUUUUUUUUGUCUGAUGAUAGCUUUUCAUACAUGGUAAUUGCCGAAAGACAUAAGAAUCAAGAUAGAAUAGAUAAAAUCUCCUGAUAUGGGAUGAGUUUUGGAAUGAAGGGAGUUAAAAAUUGUUGGAAUGUAUAACUGAAUCCUGACCUCUGACAAGAUCAUGGUUUCAAAUAAAGUGUUGAUUAUGUUAU